CGAGAUGACACUCUCGUCCCGUCCCGUUAGUAUCACGUCAUUUGUUGACGUUCUGGCAGGUACAGAUGGCGGCCCGCUGGAGCAGUGAGAAUGUGGUGGUGGAGUUUCGAGAUGCACAGGCUACUGCAAUGUCAGUGGACUGUCUCGGCCAGCACGCGGUUCUCUCUGGGAGACGAUUCUUAUAUGUUGUAAAUUUGGAGACGCCGUCCGAGGCUCCACGCAAAAUCAGCCGCCAGAGCAAAUGGGAUGUCGGGACAGUCCUGUGGAAUCCGCACAAAACCGAGGCCAAUUUAUUUGCAGCAUCUAGUAACCAGCGUGUCGACCUGUACGUUUGGCGUGAUGGAUACGGUGAACCACAUACGUCUUUACAAGGCCACACACGUGUAAUAAGUGAUUUGGACUGGUCAUGGUUUGAACCAGAAUUUCUCGUCACGAGUUCUGUGGACACAUACAUCUACAUAUGGGACACAAGGGACACUCGAAAGCCAACCGUGGCUCUGUCUGCUGUGGCUGGAGCCUCUCAGGUGAAGUGGAACAGAAAGAAUCCUUAUUGUUUGGCGUCAAGUCAUGAUGGUGAUGUCAGAAUCUGGGACAAGAGGAAACCCAACGCUGCUGUGGAGUAUGUAGCCGCACACCUGUCAAAGAUUCAUGGUCUGGACUGGCACCCUGAUAACGAGUACAUCCUGGCUACUUCCAGUCAGGACAACUCUGUUCGGUUCUGGGACUACAGACAGCCGCGGAAGUACCUUGAUAUCUUGUCAUGCCAGGUGCCUGUGUGGAAGGCCAGAUACACGCCCUUCUCUAAUGGCCUGGUUACAGUGAUGGUUCCUCAGCUACGGCGAGAGAACAGCAUCCUGCUGUGGAGCACGCUGGAACUGAACAGUCCUGUUCAUGCGUUUGUGGGCCACGACGAUGUUGUGCUUGAGUUUCAGUGGAGGCCGCAGAAAGAAGGUUCUAAAGACUGCCAGCUGGUCACAUGGUCCAGAGAUCAAACCCUGAGGAUAUGGAAAGUAGAUCCUCAACUUCAGAAGCUGUGCUGUGCCAAUGACAUCGAGUUGAUGGAGGAGAAAACGCUGCGGCCCCCAGACUCUGAACCUCCACUCAGCCCUGGAUUCAAAGCUCAAAACGCACAAGAUCAGUUUGAUGGCCCUCAGUCUGGCGGUAAGAAUGACGUGCCAGGUUUACCUCAGACUCUGCAGCAAGAGUUUUCUCUAGUCAACUUACAGAUUCGCAACGUCAAUGUGGAGAUGGAUGCUGUGAACCGCAGUUGCUUUGUGUCGGCCGACUGCGGAGCCAGUCGCGUUCGUCUCGUGGUGAAGUUCCCUGCCCACUAUCCUAACAAUGCAGCUCCAUCUUUCCAGUUCGUCUCUCCAACAAACAUCUCGUCUUCCAUGAAGACCAAGAUACAGAAGAUCCUGACAGAUACGUCGCUUCAGAAGGUAAAGAGGAACCAGAACUGCUUAGAGCCGUGUGUUCGACAGCUGGUGUCUUGCUUAGAGUCAGAUGGAGUCAUGGAGGACGGUACGAACCCUUACGUGUUCACCAACCCCGUGACUCCUGCACUUCCUGCUUUCCCUCGAGUAAGCAACACUUACGGCUCGUACCAGGACUCCAACAUCCCCUUCCCACGCACCUCAGGGGCGCGCUUCUGUGGGACAGGUUCCUUGGUUUAUUUCACUCGGCCCAUAACUAUGCAUCGUACGGUCCCUCCUACUGAACCUACUCCCAGGUCUCUGUCAGCUCUCUCUGCGUAUCACAGCGGAGUGAUGACGCCCAUGAAGAUGCGAACGGAGUCUCAGACCACCCUGAGGUUGUACAGCGGGAGCCCAACACGCACAGAAAAAGACCAAGUGUCCGUAUCGUCCUUUUACUACAAAGAACGGAAAUCCCGGCGCUGGAAAGGCAAGCGAGAGGGAGGAGACUACAGCAGCAGACCCAUCAAACUGGCUGGCAAAGUCAUCAUCCAGGAAAUCUCGUGUCUGCUUCCUGUGCACAAAGCCCUCGGCGAGACAUACGUGCUAAAUGUUAAUGACAUACAGGACACGUGUCAGAAGAAUGGGGCGGCGGCCUUAGCAGUGGGCCGCAGGGAUUUAGCAAAGGUAUGGGCGCUCGCCUCGGCAGCCACAAAUCUUGACCUCCGUCCCGACCCUGACCCUGAUGCUGGAGCUCCCUGGGCCAAACACCCAUUUGGGCGGCACCUGCUGGACACAUUGCUUGAACACUACAGUCAGAUGAGUGAUGUUCAGAGCCUGGCCAUGUUGUGUAGUGUGUUCAGGGGUCACGGCAGUCCUCAGGAAUAUUUCACUCUAUACGGGCAUCAGCAACCUCGCACGACACACCACUGCCGCUACCCCAGUUUCACUUCCAGUUCUGUCAGAUCCGGGUCGUGCUCCAGUACUUCAGACUCUGCAAGCACUGCGUGGACCGUGGUUGGACGUGAAUCUGAACAAGCUCACCCCAGGGGAGAAUCGUCUCCAGAUGACUAUCGAUAUGCAAACCAGAUAAACACCGACCCCCGAGAACGAGAAAAAGAACAACACGACAUGAACAAAAGAAUACUGGACCCCUUCAACUGCUGGCAGUUUGACGACUUCAAGAAGUGUUACGGUGAGAUCCUGCACCGCUGGGGAAUGAAGGACAAGAGGGCAGAGGUGCUCAAAUUUGUCUCCUGCUCUCCAGAGCCACACAAAGGCAUCGAGUUUGGCGUUUACUGCUGCCACUGUCGCAGUCAGGCCCGCGGCACCCAGUGUGCCGUCUGCAAGCGCUUCACCUUCCAGUGUGCCAUCUGUCACGUGGCCGUACGUGGCUCUUCUAACUUCUGCCUGAGCUGUGGCCACGGAGGACACACCAGUCACAUGAUGGACUGGUUUCGCUCGCAAGAGGUCUGUCCCACCGGCUGCGGGUGCCACUGCCUCCUGCAAAGCACUUUCUGAACAUUACAAACAAUAAAAACAUCAAGAUAAACCUCAAAACUCUUAGUACUGUAGCAAUUUCUCAGUAGAGAAACACUGAGGAACUUCAGCAUCAUUCAGGAUGGAUUCAAGUGCAAUGUUCUAAUGAGGAACUGCUAAUAUCAUUCUUAUAAUAGGUCAAAACCAGCAUAGUUAUGUACUGAAAUUGUUGUAAAGUGCUGUUUUUUGCACUUUUAUACCUGUUGACUUGAGGAGAGCUUGUAAAGGUGCCAAGGAAAUCGAUCUGUGAAGGGGAAAAGGGAAACGUUGCUGUUUUUAUGGUUGUGAAACAAACAAAUUAGUUUUUUUCAGUUUCACAGUUUCCCUUCAGAAGAGAAUCAUGUUUUGAAGGUUUAACAGUGUACAGUAUGUGUACCAUCAACAUAUGAAUACAUUUGACAGAAUAAUGUUUUUGCUUAAUAUACACCAUUGCUGGAACUCUCUUUUAUGAAAUGUGAACUAACUCUAUCAUCACUACCUCAUAAAUAAAUCACAUAUUACAUUUUUAACUUAACGAAUAAAACGAGUAAGAUUAUAACAAA